AUGCCUCGUAAGCGUAAGGGCCAGGCCCUUAACGACUGCCCCAAGGACCUCAAUGACAUCCCUUACAUCCACUGGAUGAACCAGCAGAUCGCAAACGGCCGUCAUCCGACCGGCUUAUCCGCGCCGCCCGCACUUGACGGGCAGGGCUCUAGUGCACAAUCGCCCCGCGCGGGUCCGUCACGUGUGCGCCGUCAUCCUACAAGGACCGCCGCAACAGUUCGGCCUGUCGCGGAGCAAGUUGUAGACGACGAUGAUGAGGAGUACCGCGGCGAGGCCGUCGGCACCGACGACGAGGAUGACGAUCCGGAAGAUCUUGGGAUGUCGGACGACGACGAAGGCGACGAGGACGACGCCGACGACGACGCGGAGGAGGAAGUGCAACAUGUGACACAGCCGCCGAAACGGAGCGCCGCACGCGCGUCUGGCGCUGACAAGCGCAAAGGCAAGGCGGUUGCACCGGAGCCACGACAGGAGCCCCGGAAGAAGCGGUCGACUGCACCAGUCGAGAAGAGCAUGUGGUCGGACAAGGAGAGCACCAUCUUCGUCGCGGCGCGAUGGUUCACCAAAGACGAAUUGCAGCCUCUCAAGGGGAAGCAGGGGACGCAAUACUGGGUACGCCUUCUCGCGCACAUCAAGGAGUCGAACCCGGAUUGGUGCCGGAAUGUCAACGCGUUGCAAAAGGAGUGGCGGAACUUGAUGCUGCUUUGGAAGGAGUACAAGCGAGGUGAUGGUGGUUCGGGCAACGGUUCUGUGGAGAAACCGCCGUGGUGGCCAUAUAUGGAGCUCUACAACAAGGACACCGCCGCAGCCGAACCGCAUGCGGUGGACGGCGGCGGCGCCACGAACGUCAAUGUGGAGGCCGACAUGGAGCGUGGAACGACGGAUUUCAUCCCUCCUCCGCCACGCGGGGAGUCUGCACCACCUCCCGAUCGCCGUGCGGCCGACGCUGUUGGAGGCGAUGCCGGCCAGCAGCGCGACGAUGUUGGCGACGUCAACACCGUCACUCCGGGUGAUGACGAUGUGGAGAUAUGGGUGCGCGGCGCGGAUGAUUAG